AUGAUGUGUUAUGUCCAUGUGAAUGCAAAAGUAGGUAUGAGGAAAUAUGAAGAAAUACCUCAGCAACAACCACCCUCAAGGACGCGAACACAAAUCCUCACAACCACCGCCAUAACCACCACAACAACAAGUACUGCAUCACCGUCAAUAAUACCAAAAACGUCUACCCUUUAUAAUCAUGGCCAUCAUGUGCACAUAGAUUCAUCAUAUAGAGAGUUCAAUAACCCUCACUUGGACAAGCUCAGUCACAUUUCGUAUAAGCGAUACGUUGAGUACAUGACCUCAGAAAGUGUGCUUGACCAGCCAUCCAUGUCUCUCCCCACAAACAAUAAUGAUGAAAAUAGUCUGCACCAAACAGACCAAGACAAUGUGACAGAUGGCUGCAACAGCGAAAUAGGUAGCUUUGAUUCAGACAACACCAAUUUCAAUAAGAGCAAAUUACAACGAACAUUCAUCCGAAUUGCAUUCAGCGAAGUUUCACUAGCUCUCACUGAAACGGCUGAGAGAGUAGGAGCCAUUGAUGAUCCUGACAACAACCAACUAUUAUACGAGUCCUACAUUUACUCGUAA